AUGUUACAUAGGCGGAUGCGCCACUCUUCCCUCACCUCCUCUGCUCCACCUCUUCCCUCACCUCCUCUGCUCCACCUCUUCCCUCACCUCCUCUGCUCCACCUCUUCCCUCACCUCCUCUGCUCUGCUCUACUCUCACCUCCUCUGGUGCCCUUCCCUCCUCCAGAUGGGCAGCAAGCCACAGGGAACAAUCAUGGGCAGCAAGCCACGCGGAGCGAUCGUAUCGGCGCACGUGCUAAGCCCUUUCCCCCUCUCCUCUCUCCCCUUCUCCCAGAUGGGCAGCAAGCCACGGGGAGCGAUCAUGGGCAGCAAGCCACGGGGAGCGAUUGUAUCCGCGCACGUGCUGGCACGGCUCAGGUCGUGGCGAGGCAGACACAAGCAGAGCGAGUCGCGGUGGGGACAGGCACUUGUGAAAGUUAAAGCCCAGGCACCAGGUGAAGGGGACGCAGAGUAG